GGUUCUUAAUCUGUCUGUCAAAACGUUGACAGCUGUCAUAUUUUCAAAAGUGGAAAAGUAAACAAGAUCCUGUUGCUCCUAUUAUUAACACAAAAAAAAAUAUGUCUGUGACACUUCAUACCGAUUUGGGCAACAUAAAAAUCGAGCUAUUUUGCGAAUCCUGUCCAAAAACAUGUGAAAACUUCCUAGCACUAUGUGCUAGCGACUACUACAACGGCUGUUUAUUUCAUCGAAACAUUAAAGGUUUUAUUGUUCAGACUGGUGACCCCACAGGCACGGGUAAAGGCGGCACCUCGAUAUGGGACAGAAAAUUUGAAGAUGAAUUUAAAGAGCAACUCAAGCAUUCUACCCGAGGAAUGCUGUCAAUGGCAAAUAACGGUCCCAAUACAAAUGGUAGCCAAUUUUUUAUAACCUACGGUGCCCAGCCUCAUCUAGACCUAAAGUAUACAAUGUUUGCAAAGGUUAUAGAUGGAUUUGAAACACUAGAUGAAUUGGAAAAGGUACCAGUGAAUCAAAAAAAUUACAGACCUCUAAAUGACAUAAGAAUAAAUAGCAUUACAAUUCAUGCAAAUCCGUUGGCUCAAGGUUAACAAUAAAUGAGAAAAUGCCUAAAUUUUGUGCUGUUGUGGGUUGCGCGAAUCGAAGCACCAGAAAUACGGACAAAUUUUAUUUUCCUUUCCCAGCAAUUAGCAACAAUACAGGUAAAUAUGUACAGGAUGGGGAAAAAAAGGCGGAAGCUUUGGUUAAAAGCCUUGAAACGAGUGGAUUUAACGAAGCCAAAGUAAAGUAUUCCUAUAUUUGUUCGGAUUAUUUUAUUUUAGGUACAGUAACUACCUAUUAGGUUUACAGUUUCUAAUAAAUUACUACAUUGAUGCUCUUUUAGGUAAACCUGCAGAUUUGUCGGAUGUGGACCAGCCUGAUUAUGUUCCAUCACAAAAUUUAGGAUAUCAAAAUAAAUUCACUCAUAAUACUUGUAAUGUUGAAAGACACAGUCGUUUAAAAAAGAGAAAACUGAAUAAAUGCCUCUAGACUUUUGAA